CUAGUGCACUGGACAUACAAAGAAGGAGAGCUGGAUGAAGAGCACUGGGGAAAGCACUUUGCAGACUGUGCUGGCAAGAACCAAUCUCCAGUUGAUAUCCAGAGGAAAAAAGUGAAGUACAACCCCCAGCUGCUGCAGCUGGAGCUGAGUGGUUAUGAUGGACCUCUACAGGGGGAUUUCACAAUGACCAACAAUGGUCACUCUGUUCAGAUCGAUUUGCCCCCCACCAUGCACAUCUCCAGAGGACUCCCAGGCCUCUACACAGCUGUACAGAUGCAUCUGCACUGGGGUGGCCUGGACCUGGAGACCAGUGGCUCUGAACACACCAUAGAUGGGAUGAGAUACUUCGCAGAGCUGCACAUUGUCCAUUACAACUCUGCUGAUUACUUGAGCUUUGAAGAAGCCAAAGACAAACCAAAUGGUCUGGCUGUCCUUGCCUUCCUGUAUGUGGAUGGACACUUUGAGAACACCUACUACAGCGAAUUCAUUUCCAAACUGGCAAAAAUCAGGUUUGCAGGUCAAUCAACAAAGCUCAGUUCUCUGGAUGUCCAAGCCAUGCUGCCAGAAAACCUCUCACACUUCUACAGGUACCAGGGCUCACUAACAACCCCACCUUGCUCUGAGAGUGUGAUCUGGACCAUCUUUCAUUCUCCUAUUGUCCUGUCACACACACAGAUCAGCCUGCUGGAGGGCACCUUGCUGGACUGGCACAACAGGACACUGCGCAACGACUACCGGCAUGCUCAGCCCCUCAACGGGAGGGUGGUGGAGUCCUCCUUCAGACCCAAACCUACCCAAGGUAAAGGCAGUCAACGCUCAGAACAAUGCCACCCAGAAGAAUUCAACCUCAAAUUGGAACAAAUCCAGGUGCAGCUCCAAGACAUGAAGAGAGAGAUGCUGAAUGGAGUAAGCCACACAGGAAAUCUAGCAGCUGGCUUUUUGGUUAUUGCAGGUCUUAAAUCCAGCACUUUUCCAGCUUUCUACUUCCCUGUGGAAAACAUUGAGAGUUUUGUGACCGUUCAUCCUCUCCAUGAUAUGUCUCUUCAAGCCUUCACCUUAUGUUUCUGGACCAAAGCCCAGCAUGAUGGCACUCAGACUGUUCUUUCCUACUCCACACAGGAGAGGGAUAAUGAGCUAGUGAUGACUGUGGGCUCAGAUGUGGGAUUGGGGAUAGGAGGCCAUUUCAUCAGCUUCCCUCUCUUCCACAAGGCACAAGACUGGCUGCACUACUGCGUGGCAUGGGCCUCCCAGUCUGGAAUGGCAAAUUUAUGGCUCAACGGAGCAGCUGGUAAAGAAAAGAAUAUCCAGAAGGGGUAUGUGAGCCAGGCUGGAGGGACACUUGUCCUAGGGAAAGACAGAGACAUUCUUCUUGGCACAUUCUCCAAUGGUUUUGCAGGGUGGAUGACUCAUGUGAACCUGUGGAGCCAAGUUCUCAGUGCUGCAGAUGUCCGGGCACUUGCACUGUGCAAACCAAGCCAGCUGAAAGGAGAUAUCAUAGCAUGGGGAGAAACCUCUAUGACCCUCUUGGGGGGAGUGGUUCUGGAGUCUGACACCAGCUGUCAGUGA